AUGGUUGCUUAUGAUGUGAUGAGGAGUCGUGGUUACGUACAUAUUGAUACUCCGAUGAUAACAAUGAAUGACUGUGAGGGAGCUGGUGAGGCAUUUUGCAUUGCUACUACAUCUUCAACUGGUGAAGAAUUCUUCGACAAGAAAAAUGUAUACCUAUCUGUCAGUGGCCAGCUACAUCUGGAAGCAAUGGUGAGUGGUAUCUCCCAUGUGUACACGAUCAGCACAGGGCUUCGAGCAGACAAACAACAAAGCAGAAAUCAUCUGACGGAGUUCAAGAUGCUGGAAACAGAAUUGGCGUUUUGUAAUAACUUGGACACUUUAUUGGAUGUUGCGGAAGACUUCCUAAUGAACUCCAUACGUAGCCUAACAUGUGAUCCGGAGAUGGCAGAUGAUCUUGGGUUAAUUACUCCUUUCUCAUCAAAGGAACACUUGGCAUCUCUGCAUUGUAUUGCUGAUGGACAGUCAUUCCCACGACUACGCUAUGUUGACGCUCUGCAGUUGCUCAUCGAUAAAAAGCAAAAAGUCGGUGGAAAGGGUUUCAAUAAGCAAAAUGAGUUAUUUUUGGUGAGCUAUCAUAAUUCUCCGGUUUUUAUCACCCAUUUUCCUUCUGAGCAGAAGCCUUUCUACAUGCAACGCUCGUCGGACGGAAAAUUCACAGAAUCAUUUGAUUUACUGUGUCCUGUUGUUGGUGAGCUUGCCGGUGGUUCUAUCCGUGAAGCAUCCACAGACGCUCUUCGGGAACGAAGUCCAGACAACAUCGAUUGGUAUUUGGAGCUCAGAAAGCGUGGCAAGCCGAUAUCAGGAGGUUUCGGACCGAUGGUAAAGUUUAAAAGCCGUUAUAUCCUUUUGGAAAUCCACAAUGUGGAAGAUGGCAGACUGCAUUUAACUCCGACAAUGCUUUUCUCGACUAUCGCCGAGAAUGUAGGGGAAUUCCACGGCGAUUACGGAUUUGCAAUUUGCCGAUCUGGGCUAGCGGUGCGCAUAUACGUUUAA